GGGCGGCUCCUUCCGGGGGGCGGAGCCCCGAGGCCGCGCCGGGGCCGGGCAGGGCCUGCACCGGGGCUGUGAUGGCGGCGCCGCUGCGGGACCGGCUGUGCUUCCUGAGCCGGCUCCCGGUGCUGCUGCGGGGCACGGCGGACGAGGACGGGCCCUGCCCCGGGUACGUGCUGGAGGAGAUCGCCAAGAUCUCCCGCGAGUCGCCCGGCAGCAGCCAGUGCCUGCUGGAGUACCUGCUGAAGCGGCUGCAGAGCAACUCCUGCCACGUCAAGCUGAAGGUGCUGAAGAUCCUGCUGCACACAUGCGCCCAGGGCUCCCCCCAGUUCCUCCUGCAGCUGAAGAGGAACGCCGUCUUCAUCCGGGAGGCUGCAGCGUUCGCUGGGCCCCCAGACCCCCUCCAUGGCAACAGCUUGAACCAGAAGGUCCGGGCGGCUGCACAGGAUCUGGCCAGCGUUCUCUUCUCGGACGCCGCGCUCCCGCCGCCUGCCACGCUGCCUGCCCGUCCCCUGCCUCCCGCGGGCAUGGGUUCCAAGCCCAGCCCCUGCAGCUCCUUGCAAGGAUUCGGCUUCAGCAGUGAGAGGAGCGGCUCCGCCUCGGCAGGUGAAGCCCUGCUCAGCACCAUCCAGCGAGCGGCCGAAGCGGUGGCCAACGCCGUGCUCCCGUCCCCGGAGGCGCCCCGGCCUCCCUGCAGGGAGCUCCACGAGGACGCCUACCAGCCCGUGACCGCUCCCUCUCCCUCCAGGAGCUCGGCCGCCUCCACCAGGCCUCCGGCAGCCCCCGCAGCUCGCAGCGCCCGAGCGAGCCACCAGCCGGGGCUGGCCGGGGGCGGCUGGGAGGAGGCGGACAGCGGGCACAGCUCGCAGGACUCCUCGCAGGACAACGGUGACCUGAGCCGAGCCUCCGACUCCUACAGCAAGUCGGGCAGCGACAGCCACUCCGGGGCCAGCAGGGACCUGGCAAACGUGGCCGAGAGGGUGGAUGCUGACAGCCUGGGCGACUGCCUGCGGGAGGUGAGCCUGGUGUCGGCGCUGACCCAGGGCGCCCGGAUCUUCCUGAGCAGGGAGGAGGCGCAGCACUUCCUCAAGGAGUGCGGGCUCCUGAACUGCGAGGUGGUGCUGGAGCUGCUCAGCCGGGCCCUGCAGGACCCCAGUGACAGCGUCCGCAUGCGGUCCAUGUGCGCCAUCUCGUCCCUCAUGUGCUCCGACCUGCUGGCCCUGGACCAGAUCUUCGCCGUGACGCAGCAGCACCUGCAGCAGCUCAGCCAAGGCAGCCCGGGCCCUGUGGCCAACCGAGCCACCAAGAUCCUGCGGCAGUUCGAGGCUCUGUGCAGAGGCCGCUCGUCCCCAAAGAGCCCUCACGCGUCCUCCGUCCUCGCCGAAGCCUCGUCCCCAUGCGCUGCAGACCUGCUGACGGACAUCCCCCCCCUGUCCAGCGAGGGCAUCCUCCAGCCCCUGAGCGCCGCCCCGCUCCCCGCUGCUGCUCCGGCCCCCGGGGGAGAGCCCCGGCUGGAAACGGAGCCCCGGGGGCAGCCCGGCCCCGCGGCAGCAGCCAGCCCCCGCGAGAAGGAGGCAGCGAGCAGACUGCUUGGGGACGCGUCCGCCGCAGCUGCUCCCACCCGCAGCCUGUCCCUCUUCGCCGGCAUGGAGCUGGUGGCGCGGCCGGGCACGGUGCUCGCCCCGCUCUCUCCCCCCGCGGAGCCGCGGACGCUGCCCCAGCCCGAGGACGGGGCUGGUCCCGGUCCGAGCGAGGCCGAGGGCGGCCGGGAGCCUUCUGCCUUCUCCUUCCUCAACAUGUAGCUGCCGUGACGCCCGGCCCUGGGCAGCCCCGCAGCCCCUCCACGCUGUCGGGGGCUGCUGGGGAGGACGUGUGCCUUGGCUCCCCCCCUGGCGGUGGGGGGGAAAUAAAGGAGCAGCCCUGCAGGGGCGAGCGAAA